AUGCCCCGUAUUUCUCAAAAAAAGGAGCUUCUGAAUGCUCUAUACCAAUCAAAGGAAUCAAAUCAGUUAUUGGAUCUUUUUGAACCAUUAUUCAGUAGCUCGGCUAUACCAAAACCGUUCCAACAGCUGAAUGAAGAUGGGCAACUGGAUUUCUCCGAUUUGGAUACAUCUUCCGAUUCAGAUACAGAUGCCGAGUUUGAUUCCAAUCCUGAACUUGAAUCGGACUCCAUUAUCUUUCAAUCUCAUUUGCACUCUUUGGAGGAUACCGAUAUGAAGGAGGAUAUGAUAGAAGCCCUCGACGCGCAAAGAUAUUGGCUUUCCAGAAGCACGCAUCUCUCCAAAGCGGUAACAUUAGAGUCUUGGUUUCAUCAACCGCUUUUAUCAAAUCCGAGAGUUUUCCGCUCAGUUUUCAGAAUGGAUCGCAACUCCUUUGAAAACCUGACGUCAGAGAUUGAAUCUCAUUCUGUUUUUGCUAUCGGGCUGCGCGGACCAAAGCUGAAAGCUGUUCAGUAUCAGUUAGCUUCGGUGCUGGAGAAGGUACUGUUCUGCUUUAUGUACGGCGUGUAA